GCUAGAAGCAAAAUUCCUAAACUGAACACUCAGCACCCAGGAGCUGGUGAAAAGUCAGCAAAACAGCAACAGGGGAGAUGAUGACUCCUGGGACUUCUAAUACGACCCUUUGCAAUUUCCCUCACAACGUCCAGCGUCUAGGGACAAGUUCCUUCCACUUGAUUGUCCUGAAGUGCACGAAGCGGAGGAGAACCGCCUCGAGGGUGAUGAUAGGCCCCAUUAUGAUGCAGAGAAUGUUGAGGUGUGUGGAGCCCAGGACUCAGAGGAUUCUCCCCACAGCGAUGGUCCGCUGGAAAAGGCCAUUGUGGGCGAUAGACGUGAAGAAAUGUGAAGCCCCCGCGGGUUUUCUCGAUGUGAGAGGGUUCCUGAAUACCUGGCAGAAUCCAAGGACCCCUUUCGUUCUUUCUCCACAUUGCUUGAUGGGAGGCAUUAUGGCCCCCAAAGACAUAAUGACAAAUACUCAUGCUAAAUCCAUCCUCAAUUCAAUGAACUCCCUCCGGAAGAGCAAUACCCUCUGCGAUGUGACACUGAGAGUGGAGCAGAAAGACUUCCCUGCCCAUCGGAUUGUGUUGGCCGCCUGUAGCGAUUACUUCUGUGCCAUGUUCACUAGUGAGCUUUCAGAGAAGGGGAAACCUUAUGUUGAUAUUCAAGGUUUAACUGCUUCUACCAUGGAGAUUCUGUUGGACUUCGUGUACACUGAAACUGUACAUGUGACGGUGGAGAAUGUACAAGAACUGCUUCCUGCAGCCUGUCUGCUUCAGCUGAAAGGUGUGAAGCAAGCCUGCUGUGAGUUCUUAGAAAGUCAGUUGGACCCCUCUAAUUGCCUGGGUAUCAGGGAUUUUGCUGAAACUCACAAUUGUGUUGACCUGAUGCAAGCAGCUGAGGUUUUUAGUCAGAAGCAUUUUCCGGAAGUGGUACAGCAUGAAGAAUUCAUUCUUCUAAGUCAAGGAGAAGUGGAAAAGCUAAUCAAGUGCGAUGAAAUUCAGGUGGAUUCUGAGGAGCCAGUCUUUGAAGCUGUCAUCAACUGGGUGAAGCACGCCAAAAAGGAGCGAGAAGAAUCCUUACCUGACCUGCUGCAGUACGUCCGGAUGCCCCUGCUGACCCCCAGGUACAUCACAGACGUCAUAGAUGCUGAGCCUUUCAUCCGCUGUAGUUUACAGUGCAGGGAUCUAGUUGAUGAAGCAAAGAAGUUUCAUCUGAGACCUGAACUGCGAAGUCAGAUGCAGGGACCCAGGACGAGGGCUCGUCUAGGAGCCAAUGAAGUGCUUCUGGUGGUUGGGGGCUUCGGAAGCCAGCAGUCUCCCAUCGACGUGGUAGAGAAAUAUGACCCCAAGACUCAGGAGUGGAGCUUUUUGCCAAGCAUCACUCGUAAGAGACGUUAUGUGGCCUCAGUGUCCCUACAUGACCGGAUCUAUGUAAUUGGUGGCUAUGAUGGCCGUUCCCGCCUUAGUUCGGUGGAAUGUCUAGACUACACAGCAGAUGAGGAUGGGGUCUGGUAUUCUGUAGCCCCUAUGAAUGUCCGACGAGGCCUUGCUGGAGCCACCACCCUAGGAGAUAUGAUCUACGUGUCUGGAGGCUUUGAUGGAAGUAGGCGUCAUACCAGUAUGGAGCGGUAUGACCCAAACAUUGACCAGUGGAGCAUGCUGGGAGAUAUGCAAACCGCCCGGGAGGGUGCUGGACUAGUUGUGGCCAGUGGAGUGAUCUACUGCCUAGGAGGAUAUGAUGGCUUGAAUAUUUUAAAUUCAGUUGAGAAAUAUGAUCCCCACACUGGACAUUGGACUAAUGUUACACCAAUGGCCACUAAGCGCUCUGGUGCAGGAGUAGCCCUGCUGAAUGACCAUAUUUAUGUGGUGGGGGGAUUUGAUGGUACAGCCCACCUUUCUUCUGUUGAAGCAUACAACAUUCGCACCGAUUCCUGGACAACUGUCACUAGUAUGACCACUCCACGAUGCUAUGUAGGGGCCACAGUGCUUCGCGGGAGACUUUAUGCUAUUGCGGGAUACGAUGGGAAUUCCCUGCUGAGUAGCAUCGAGUGCUAUGACCCUAUCAUCGACAGUUGGGAAGUAGUGACAUCCAUGGGAACCCAGCGCUGUGAUGCUGGCGUGUGUGUUCUUCGAGAGAAGUGACCAUUGUUGGAGCACCAUCCAGAGCUAGUGACCAGUCCAAGGGACAGUUUACAGGAGCGUCAAGGAUCCUUUCCAGAAUAUCUAUUUCUCACCGUGUGCACAGGGUGAUUACAAGCACCAGUGUGGUGAUGAUUGUACUUGUUUGACACACACUCCACUUUGUGCUGGUAGUUCUCUCUGAGGAGGGUGGGUAACAGACACUCAAGGGAAGACAAUGCACACUGAAUGGAUCUGAGAGGCCAGACCAUCUCUCCUUGUCCAGAGAGCACUGUCAUGUGCUUGGGAGAAUCCAUAUAUAUGUUGUGCCUCGUGUAUUGCAGAGAAUUAAGGUGAGUAUGACCUACUAGAUGUGGACAGUAUCCAGCGUAUGAUUGGAAGGAUACCAACUUGAGUAAGCUGGGUAAAAUCCAAGUCUUGUUUUCCAGGAAUAAAUAUCUUUCCUAGUCUGCAGGUAACUAGGGGCAACACAGUUCCAUUCUGGAGGAUAAUAGAGGGGAAAGCCCCCUAUCAAAACUUGGGGGGGCUUGGGGAGAGACCUGGCAUUGCCUUAAGGGACAAGGUUGGUGUAUCAGAACUGGGUUUAGAAUAAGGGAAGUAAACAGAAUUUGAUGGAAUGUGAGUAAACCUAGAACACCGCUGAGGUAUAACCUGGAAGACUUAAAAGGGUGUGUUAUUGGAAGGAUCUUUUAAUUUCCCCAUGAUCUUUCUGGGUGCGCAUCUUGGCAUUGACAGAGUAAGAAUGAACAAAUGUUGGGAUGAGCAGAGAUGGAAUAAAGGUGGGAGUUUGGUAUGCCUGGGAACAAACUAGAAGUACCUGUGAUUUUACAAUCGUCUUAUUUCCCGCCAGGGCUCAUCUCUCCAUGGCAAGGUUUGCCUUGAGUCGGUGAGACACUGUCUGUGUUGAAUCAAAUACUACUACACUAUUAUAGUUCAUUACUAUUUAUUUGGGGGUGGGGUGAGGGUGGCAGCAGCGUAGAAAUUCAGCUACCUGAUUACUGCCCUGUUCUUUUAAGGGCACACUUCUGCUAAGGAGUGGUUUUUACUGCUGUGUUUGGUACAAUUAGUCCUUUUCCUACUAUGAGGUUCCCUGACCUGUCCUUAGAGUGGAUUUUAUUCUUCCUGGGACAGAAUAAUCAAGGCAACCAAAACUCUUUUGCUAGUUCCAGUACUCGCUGCCACCAUUUCUGAAUUUCUGAGCUACUAUUCAAGGCUCCCCUGUGUUAUGGAGUGAAAUUCUUGGCUUUGGGGGUAUUGGGAGUGUGGGGAUGUGGUAACCUAAACAAGGAUGCACUUUCCCUUUAUUCUAAAAUUCCAUCUUUUUCCUCUUUCCCUGAGUUGUAUUGGUGUAAAGAGUUCAUUUCCUUUGUAUUUUUUUAAGAAAAUAUUAAAAAUCAGUGGUCUCAAGUGCC